AUGUCUGCUCCACUCGGGCCCCGGGGCGGCCCGUCCGCUCCUCCUGCGGCCGCUGCCCUACCGGAGAUGCCGGACCUGAGCCACCUCACCGAGGAGGAAAGGAAGAUCAUCCUCGGUGUGAUGGACCGGCAGAAAAAGGAAGAGGAGAAAGAGCAGUCAAUGCUCAAGGUCAAAGAAGAGCCAAAGCCCCAGCCGGCGCAGUGGUUUCCCUUUAGCGGGAUCACCGACCUGGUUAAUAACGUUCUCCAACCCCAGCAAAAGUCCCCAAAUGAGAAGGAGCCUGAACCGAAGUUGCACCAGCAGUUUGAGAUGUACAAGGACCAGGUGAAGAAGAUGGGCGAGGAGGCCCCGGUCACCCAGGAGCUGAAGCCGGACGCGCCCACCUGCGGGAUCUGCCACAAAACCAAGUUUGCCGACGGCUGCGGCCACCUCUGUUCCUAUUGCCAAUCCAAGUUCUGCGCCCGCUGUGGGGGACGGGUGUCCCUGCGCUCCAACAAGGUGAUGUGGGUAUGCAACCUGUGCCGAAAACAACAAGAAAUCCUCACCAAGUCCGGCGCGUGGUUCUACAGCGGCUCAGGGGCCACCCUGCCGGCCGGGCUGGGCGGCGGUGAGGGGGCGCGGGGUCUGGCCCGGCGCCGGCACGAGGAAGCGCCGCAGGAGAAGAAGGCCAAACUGCAGGAGGCGCCGCUCCACUACCAGGGGCCUCCGGGGCUCCCGCGACAGCACUCCCUCGGAGAGGUGCCCAGCGACAGUGUUUUCGCAGCUCUGUUAGUAGGAGCUGGACAAACUGCAGUGACAGGUAACCGUUGGCCUAGUUUCUCCGCGGGCACCCGUGCACCCCCGGUGGGCCGCCACGUAUCGACGACCGACGGCGCCACCUCUCCCCCGGUGGCACCCGCCUCGCCUCGGCCGGCUCCUCGUGCCGCGGUCACCUUCCUGAGGCGGGCGAAGGAGACGGAGGAGACAGAGGAAGAGCGCUGCUUCGCUUCUCCGCCUCCAGCUGUUGGCCUCGCCGUCAACUGCUGA